CAGACAAUGGAACAUACAAGUGUGAAGCCACAAGCUACCCCCAUCAAAAUUAUACAGACGAAAAAUCAUGCCAAGUAAUAGUUUUCUUUAAACCUGCGAAUGUAGUUAUCAAAUUCUCAAAGAGCCCAGGUAUAAUUUAUGAACCAGAGACUAUAAUGUCAUCACAAACAGUAACAAGCUCGGACAUUUCUUCGACAUCUUCAGUAAAAGGACAGUCAUCACCAAGCAUGCUGCCAUCAUCGACUUUAAAGACAUCAAGCUCGAGCAUUUCUCCCACAUCUUCAGUAAACGGAAUUGUCUAUAUACCAUCAAGUGGGAACAUUUUUACUUUCCUACCUGGAUCAACUGCAAAGAUAGUGUGGACAUUUGAUGACUCUAUAUCUUCUAUAUUUUAUCGGUCAUGGGAAUUCACGAGUACAAACGCUACUCUCGGUUCAGUAGUGCUUGCUGGUAUCAAUCGUGAUGGUAGCCCUACGAUACUCGUCAGCUUUCCUGUGAUUGCAGUAGAAAAACCGUCAACAUUAAUUUUACAGAAUGUUGAUCACCGUUAUGAUGGAAAAUACAGAUUCACUGUUACAGCAUCUACAGCUAGCUCUUUGUCUGAAGUUGUCGUCUUCGUUGCAGAGAAGCCAACCGUGACUUUGGAUUGUUCCAGUCCAGUCACGCUAAAUGAAGGUGACAACUUCACGUGUCUAUGCAGAGGUGACGGUGGAAAUCCUCCUGCUAAUGUUUCCUGGUUUAAAAAUGGAGUCAAAAUUACUGAUGUUGGAAUAGAAAGGCAAACAUUGAAUAUCUCAAAUAUUAGUAGAACAGAUAAUGGAACAUACAAGUGUGAAGCCACAAGCUACCCCCAUCAAAAUUAUACAGACGAAAAAUCAUGCCAAGUAAUAGUUUUCUUUAAACCUGCGAAUGUAGUUAUCAAAUUCUCAAAGAGCCCGGGUGUAAUUUAUGAACCAUUGACUAUAAUGUCAUCACAAACAGUAACAAGCUCGGACAUUUCUCCGACAUCCUCAGUAAAAGGACAGUCAUUAUCAAGCAUGCUGCCAUCAUCGACUUUAAAGACAUCAAGCUCGAGCAUUUCUCCCACAUCUUCAGUAAAAGGAAUUGUCUAUCCACCAUCAAGUGGGAACAUUUUUACUUUCCUACCUGGAUCAACUGCAAAGAUAGUGUGGAGAUUUGAUGACUCUAUAUCUUCUAUAUUUUAUCGGUCAUGGGAAUUCACGAGUACAAACGCUACUCUCGGUUCAGUAGUGCUUGCUCGUAUCAUUCGUGAUGAUAGCCCUACGAUACUCGUUAGCUUUCCUGUGAUUGCAGUAGAAAAACCAUCAACAUUAAUUUUACAGAAUCUUGAUCGCCGUUAUGAUGGAAAAUACAGAUUCACUGUUACAGCAUCUACAGCUAGCUCUUUGUCUGAAGUUGUCGUCUUCGUUGCAGAGAAGCCAACCGUGACAUUGAAUUGUUCCAGUCCAGUCACGCUAAAUGAAGGUGAUAACUUCACGUGUCUAUGCAGAGGUGAAGGUGGAAAUCCUCCUGCUAAUGUUACCUGGUUUAAAAAUGGAGUCAAAAUUACUGAUGUUGGAAUAGAAAGACAAACAUUGAAUAUCUCAAAUAUUAGUAGAACAGACAAUGCAACAUACAAGUGUGAAGCCACAAGCUACCCCCAUCAAAAUUAUACAGACGAAAAAUCAUGCCAAGUAAUAGUUUUCUCCAAACCUUCGAAUGUAGUUAUCAAAUUCUCAAAGAGCCCAGGACCGUCAUUAUCAAGCAUGCUGCCAUCAACGACUUUAAAGACAUCAAGCUCGAGCAUUUCUCUCACAUCUUCAGUAAGAGGACAGUCAUCAUCAAUCAUGCUGCCAUCGAUAUCAUCGACUAUAAAGACAUCAAGCUUGAGCAUUUCUCCCACACCUUCAGUAAAAGGUAACACUGCAACAAGGCAUGAUGUCUUAUUAUGCACAUCAACAAACGGAAUCACAGCGAUCUUUAUUGCCAAUUCAAAAAUGGAUGUUUUUCUUGGAAUAACGCGUUAUGAAGAACGGAGACGGAGUCAAGUUUUUGAUGAAUAUCAAAAUCAUUGGCUUGUGAUUUAUAAUGCAUGAUUGAUGUUUUAAAAUCGUUCUCGUCCAUGUUAUUUGAAAAGAUGCACGCGCAGAGAACAUUUUUCUUAAGCAAAGAAAAAUGUUCUUGUGCAAACUCUAGAAAACAAAAUCUCGCUUAGAACUUAAUUUCUUAAAAUAAGAAAUAUUUAUCACUCAAAAUCCUAGAUUUGAUACAACUGAUGAGAAUUAUUUUUUCCUAAUGUUGGAAAAAUUAUUCUUCAAUCUUUAAAUGAGCCGGAAUAAUAUCUUGAUGUACGAAAUGGGCAAUUUCUACCAGAUAUAGUGGAGCAACGUCCCCCCACCUUAAUUCCCUGAAAUUAGCAAUUUUUAGCAAAUAAUUUUGAAAGCAAUUAAGUAAAGAGAAGUUAAUCGGUUAACUAGAGCCGGCAUCAAGGAAUCAAAGGUAAAGUUUUUUUGUUUUAUUGCUUUCCAACGGCUAAAUCAAGUGCUUUACAUAUGCAGACUGUUAUGUUUACUGCCUUGAAUUUCGAGUUCCACUGCCUUUACUAUUUAUGAAUGCACGUGCAACUCGUGAAACUCUCAGAGAAUUUUAGUUAUCAGGGAAUUCUAGGCUUCGACUAAAGCCGACGGCAUGCUCAGGCUGUGUGGUUACCAACGCGGAAGUGAAAUAAAGGAUCAUACUAGUCGGAGGCACAUUUGAUCGGUUUCAGGCUGAGAAAAUUUGUUUGUAAAAG